AUGACUCCUUCCAUCCUCAUUGUCGGUGCCACUGGCAAUACUGGCCGAGCGGUUGCCAAAACCCUAUCAGAAUUUCAAUCCAGCAAUGUUCUGUCCGGGCACCGCAUCAUCGCUCUCACCCGCUCCUCGAAGAGCCCAGUGGCCCAAGAGCUCGCCAAACUCCCCGGCGUGGAAGUGCUUGAACAGGACUGGGUUGAGAUUACCACCGACUGGCUUCGCGAUCACCAAGUCGCUCGAGCAUUUAUUGCGUCUCACAAUGCGCCUAACCAAUUUGCCGAAGAAUCGACGUUCCACGUGAACGCCCUCAACGCCGGCGUGAAGUACGUCGUGCGCAUCUCGACUACCGCUGCUAAUGUUCGCCCGGAUUGUCCUGCCUACUAUCCGCGCCAGCACUGGGCUAUCGAGGCUCUACUCGAUUCCCCAGAGUUCAGGAAUCUGCAGUGGACAUCCCUUCAACCGAAUGUCUUCACUCCGCUUGUCAUGUCUUCUGCUGCGGAAUUGAUCAAGAAAUACCGCCAGACUGGAGAGCAGGACACACUUCGGCUAAUUCUGUCUGAAGAUGGACCUACUGGGGUCAUUGAUCCUGAUGAGAUUGGUGUCAUUGCGGCUCACCUCUUGUCUCAGGACGACAUUUCCGUCCACAACAAGGCUAAAUACGUUCUGAAUGGUCCUGAAGAUAUCACCGGAAAGGGAAUAGUCGAGAUGAUUGAGCAAUAUAUUGGCGUGCCUGUCAAGGAUGUCAAAUACAAGGACUUGUCGUUCAUCGAUACGCUUUAUGAAUAUCAGUAUGCGGCAACCAAGCAAUCGAAGAACGUCAUCUACUCGAUUACACGGGCUCUUGAGACAGAGUGGCAAGGAAAGUGCUCAAUUUAUACGACCAGCAAGGAGAUCUUGGAGAUUGCUGCUCCAAAGCGUACACCUACUGAUGUUUUGAACACUCUGUUGGAACAGUAA